CAGAAUAAAAAUUCAUAAGAAGAAGCAAAAGCACGCUCGGCAUUACAGGAAAAAAUGUGGCGCUUCACUUCCGGCUGGGAUUGUUUAGUGUGUUUGUCAGCACGUCGCGGUUCCGAUGAGCACCGAUCUGGAGCGCAGCCCGCGUUCACUACUGGUCUGUGAAAGGUCCAGUUUGUUAGAUGAAAAGAACCGGCUUCGUGAGCAGGUUGAGCAGCAGCACUUUAACUGCAAGGUGACUGUGUUGCUGCCUGGAUGUGACUCCGCCCCCUCUGACCUGGACAUGGCAAUGAAGAGUUUCCAAAGUUUCUAUCUGAUCCGGAAGCUUCCACUCUAUGAACUGCUCGACCAGCACUUCCUGAAAACUGCUGUGUGCCAAGGAGUGUGUGGCCUGUCCUACAAGACUCGCAUUGAUGAAGACAAUUGUGUCUUCCUAAUGCCAAAUGGACGCCUCUGUCUCUCUCUGGAUAAAGACUCGUACGAGCUGUUGGGAGUUGAAGGGAAAGCUUGGAGAUCAAAGCUGACAAGAGUUAGCAGAUACGUCGUCAGUAUUGAUGUGACUCCUGGUGGGCGGGAUUACCAGCGUCUACUCACAGGUCUGACGUCACGACUUCUCUUACGGAUGGACUUCCUGUUGUCAAGUCAUUCAGGGGGCGGAGCUGCACUGCAGCCACUCCUCUCACGAUAUGAUUGGUCUGAGCACACACCAGAUGUCAGAAGUCACACUGUGACUCACCUGCCCUGUCCCGCCUUGAUGACCUCUGACCUGCAGUCUUAUGACCCAUUCAGCUUCCUGGAAUGGCUCGGCGCAGUGGCUGCCGACGUGAGCUGUGACAACACAUCUGACAGCUUCCUGUCCUCGUUGGCGUAUCCAGACAUGAUGAAUACAGCUGCUCAGAGCCUGAGCUUUUCUGUGAGUGGCCUGCUACUUCCACAUGACAUCUUGUCGCUCAUCCAAGAGCUCAGGCGUUACCUGGAGUGGCCCCGUUCAAUGUCCUGGGUGGCCAUGACUGUUCACGGCUUUGACAGUGUGUACGCACCUGGCGAACCCUUCUACACCCUACUUCUCUUCCAAGACCACACUUACUGCCUACACAUGGCCACUUCCACCCUGCGCUCCCACCAAUGAAAUAAAUGGUCUACUGACACUGAAGUUCUUGAGAUUUCAGUGCAAUUUUUAGUAAUCUCAUAACAUUUAUUAUCAAGUGACCUAUCAAGAUAAUUUAUUUUCAAUAAACAUAUUAUUU